ACUUCCUGAAGCUCGAGGCAGGAAAUUAUCUUGUAUCUCAGGAGUCCAGUGGAGAAAGUGCUGUCUGUCGCAUUGGUGGCGGCGAGAGCGGGCGGUGGGUCGGGGAAUUGGCCGUUUCUCUCGCUACAGCUACAGGCCUGUUUCCAUCGCAGCACCACGGCCCCCUCCUCCAGUCUCGACCCCGGCCCGGCUGCCGGGGGCGCUUCUUCAGGCUCCUUGACGCCGCUCCAAGGAGAAAAUACCUGGGCAUCGCCUGGGCUUCCAGCCAGGGGACUGGCUCCGGGGUUCAGCACUCCGGACGGCAGUAAGGAGUGCCCUUAUCAACCCGCGCCCUGUCCCCCUCCCUGAGCCAUUGACACCCUGGUCCAGAGCGACAGCCUUGGACCUGGGACUAGACGGAUCCAAGACGCUCAGCCCCGGCCUCCCACAAACGGGGUUCUGCAUCGUCUCUGAUAUGUCUCCCACCAUCUCCCACAAGGACAAUAGUCGGCAACGACGGCCAGGGACUUUCAACCACUCUCUGGAUAUGAAGAGCGGUCCUCUACCGCCGGGCUCCUGGGAUGAUGAUCAUCCGGAGUUGGUGGGCGGGGAAGGGGACAAAGAAGCUCUUCUGGGGGAUAUCGGCGCUAGUGACCUCUCAAAACCCCCAAGGAGCUGCCGGGCCGAAUUAAGCAGCAUUUUGCUUUUGCUCUUUCUUUACGUGCUUCAGGGCAUUCCACUGGGCCUGGCAGGAAGCAUCCCACUUAUUUUGCAGAGCAAAAAUGUUAGCUAUACAGAUCAGGCUUUCUUCAGUUUUGUCUUUUGGCCCUUCAGUCUCAAAUUACUCUGGGCCCCGUUAGUUGAUGCGGUUUACUUUAGGAACUUCGGCCGUCGCAAAUCUUGGCUUGUCCCUACACAGUACAUAUUGGGAUUCUUCAUGAUAUAUCUAUCCACUCAAGUGGACCACUUGCUCGGGAGUACAGAUGGCAGAAGCCCCGAUGUUGUUGCUCUCACUGUGACUUUCUUUUUGUUUGAAUUCCUGGCAGCCACUCAGGACAUCGCUGUGGAUGGUUGGGCGUUAACUAUGUUAUCCCGGGAAAAUGUGGGUUAUGCUUCUACUUGCAAUUCAGUAGGCCAAACAGCGGGCUAUUUUUUGGGCAAUGUUUUGUUUUUGGCCCUUGAAUCUGCCGACUUUUGUAACAAAUAUUUGCGGUUGCAGCCUCGACCCAGGGGAAUCGUCACUCUUUCAGAUUUCCUCUUUUUCUGGGGGACUGUAUUUUUGAUAACAACCACUUUGGUUGCUCUUCUGAAAAAAGAAAACAAAGAAGUAUUGGUAGGAAAAGAAGAAACUCAAGGGAUCACAGAUACUUACAAGCUGCUUUUUUCAAUUAUAAAAAUGCCUGCAGUUCUGACGUUUUGCCUUCUGAUUCUAACUGCAAAGAUUGGUUUUUCAGCAGCAGAUGCAGUAACAGGACUGAAAUUGGUAGAAGAGGGAGUGCCCAAAGAACAUUUAGCCUUAUUGGCAGUUCCAAUGGUUCCUUUGCAAAUAAUAUUACCUCUGAUUAUCAGCAGAUACACUGCAGGUCCCCAGCCACUAAACAUAUUUUACAAAGCCAUGCCCUACAGAUUAUUGCUCGGAUUAGAAUAUGCUCUGCUGGUUUGGUGGACUCCUAAAGUAGAACAUCAAGGGGGAUUCCCUAUGUAUUACUAUGUCAUAGUGCUCCUGAGUUAUGCAUUACAUCAGGUUACAUUGUACAGCAUGUAUGUUUCCAUAAUGGCUUUCAAUGCAAAGGUUAGUGAUCCACUUAUUGGAGGAACAUACAUGACCCUUUUAAAUACUGUGUCCAACCUGGGAGGAAACUGGCCUUCUACAGUAGCUCUUUGGCUGGUAGAUCCCCUCACGGUGAAAGAAUGUGUAGGAGCAUCAAACCAGAAUUGCCGAACACCUGAUGCUGUUGAGCUUUGCAAAAAACUUGGUGGCUCUUGUGUUACAGCACUGGAUGGUUAUUAUGUGGAGUCUGUUAUUUGUGUUUUUAUUGGAUUUGGUUGGUGGUUUUUGCUUGGUCCAAAACUUAAAAAGUUACAGGAUGAAGGACCAUCUUCAUGGAAGUGCAAAAGAAGCAAGUAAUGCAUUCAUUCACUACUGGACAUUCUAGAAAGAUUGGUUAAAUUCUAUGGGGAAUUUGCUGAGAAGAGAAUGUAAACUACUGAAAGGUCAUUUUCAUUGUUAUUUUUCUGAUCACAACUACAUUGUACUAAUGAAUCUGUGUUAAAAGACUAUUUUAAAUGUAUUUCCUGCUUUUGUAAGCAUUUAAGAUUUAUAAGAAGAUUAUUCAAACUAUUUUUUAUAAAAUAAAAGCUAUGACUUUUAAUUUAUUGAUUCCCCUUCCCACCCCCCUUUUUUGGAAGAUAUUUUGAUUCCUUGUUAAAUUUUACCCUAAAGCUUACAUAUGUUUUUUGUUGUUAAGUGCUUCAUGGCACAUGGACAGCUCAUGAAGGGGUCACAUUUAAUGUUGUAUGUAUGUUUAUGGCAAACUUUUGAAAAUAAAAGUUAAAUGUUUUUGUUUUAGUAGUUUUUUUUAUUACUGAGAGAAAAAACAGUAAAACUUACUGAUUAAGUAAAAUUUAAAUGAGUAAUACUAUAAUUUUAGAAACUAAUGCUUUAAAGAGGAGAAAGACAUUUUGUGCCAUUGACAAAUUAUAUGGUGGAAAAAGUUUUCUUAAUUAAGCACUUCACUAAUGAGAAAAGAUCUCACAAUUACUUUAUACCAAAUCAGGUACUAUUUUUCCACUUAUUAAAAUAUAGUCUUUUGUUUGUAAACGAUAGUUUCUACUGGAGAAUCACUAACCCAGGAGAAUUAAUUUUUUGAAUAUUUUAGCAGUUUUCAAUAUAUUAUGUGUACCUGGUAGUGAGAUUUCUUGCAUGUUUUGUGUUGUAUAGUACUCUGACUUUUUACAGAGAUUACAUAAAUCUUUAAACGUUAAAGGAAAAGAGAUUAAGUUGACUUUUUAUUUAAUAAUUCUCUUUGUGGGAAAAUACAUACUAAUGCCUGAUUUUGUUAAUUUUAUAGCAUAGGUUGAAUUUUAGAGAGGGAUUUUUAUAAGUAAUGGAGGAUAAAAUGGUGGUAGAAAAUGGCACUCAGCAUCUGAAGAAAGAUAGAGGCAGUGGCUUCUAGAACUCAUACAUUGCCAAUGGAAAGCCUGUGUUGGGCAUUGAUGUCAGAUCCAGAAGUAUCAUCUGGAAAAAUCAUCCUAGAAACACAUCAAACCAUAGACCACAGUACUUUGUCACAGGAAUUGUCCAUUCUCAUGUAUUAUAAUAAAAAUGUUUACUUGAAUAAAUAAAA